AUGGCCGGAAAGGACAAGCUCAUUAUCUUUGAUACCACCCUGCGCGACGGCGAGCAGUCACCGGGCGUCACUCUCAACACGGAGGAGAAGAUUGAAAUCGCUCGGCAGUUCUCACGGCUCGGUGUCGAUGUGCUGGAGGCCGGCUUCCCGGUUGCCUCUCCAGGAGAUUUCAAUGCCGUGCAGCGCAUCGCACGCGAGGUCGGGCCCCUGAUGGAGGGCCGCGAGGGCCCGGGCAAGGUCAACCAGCCCAUGACCAUCUGCGGUCUGGCCCGGUCGGUGCCCAAGGAUAUCCAAACUGCAUACGACGCGAUCAAGGACGCGCCGCGUCACCGCAUCCACCUGUUUCUAGCGACCUCUGAUAUCCACCUUGAGCACAAGCUCAAGAUCUCGCGCGAACAGUGCAAAGCGCAGAUUGCCGAGAUGGUCGCGUUCGCCAAAUCGCUGUGCGAGGAUAUCGAGUUUUCGCCCGAGGAUGCCGGUCGCUCGGACCGCGAUUUCCUCUGCGAGGCCUUGGCCGUUGCUAUCAAUGCUGGUGCCACCACCCUCAACAUCCCCGAUACUGUCGGGUACAACACGCCCAGCGAGUACGGCGCCCUGAUCAAGUACUUGCGCGAGAACACAGAUGGCGCUGAGAGGGCUAUUUGGUCCACCCACUGCCACAACGAUCUUGGACUGGCCACAGCCAACACCCUUGCCGGCAUCUCCAACGGCGCCCGGCAGGUCGAGGUGACUAUUAACGGCAUCGGCGAGCGCGCUGGAAACACGGCACUGGAGGAGGUGGUAAUGAAUAUCCACACGCAUCCAGACACGUAUCCGGUGUACCAUACGGUCAACAACCGCCUGUUCUUCCCGACGUCGCGCAUGGUGUCGGACCUCAGCGGGAUGGCUGUUCAGGCCAACAAGGCCAUUGUCGGCCGCAAUGCCUUCCUGCACGAGAGCGGUAUCCACCAGGAUGGUGUUCUGAAGAACAAGACCACGUACGAGAUCAUCCGCCCUGAGGAUGUUGGCGUCACCACCGGUAACCUUGCCCUGGGCAAGCACUCGGGCCGCCAUGCUUUCAAGACUAAGCUCGAGGAGCUGGGCUACGGCGGCGCUGCCCUGUCAGAUGCGCAGUUCCAGGCUGCCUUUACUGGCUUCAAGAAGCUGGCUGACCAGAAAAAGUCGGGUGUCACUGACGGCGAUAUGCACGCAAUCGUUGCCGAGCUGCCACCCGACGCCAAUGAGGCCCAUGAAACCUCUAACCAGCGCUACACGCUGCGGGCAAUGCAGGUGUUCACUGGCAUUGGCAUCGUGCCCACUGCCACCGUCACUCUCCACGAUUCUGAGCGCAACGAGGACUUCACCGAUGCAUCGCUGGCCCAGAACGGUCCGAUUGAAGCUGUGUUCUCGGCCAUCCAGCGCAUCACUGGCCUUGACAUCGACCUGCUCAACUUCAACGUCUCGGCCACCAGUGAGGGCCAGGAUACUCUGGGCAAGGUUGCUGUUCGAAUUGCCAGUGCCAAGGCCCUUCGCGAGCAGAGCGAAGCCCCAGCCAAGGGCACCCUGACCUCGUAUGGUUCGGUUCCCAAGUUCACUGGCCUUGCCACCAACGUGGACAUUAUCACCUCCUCGGCCAAGGCAUACAUCUCCGCUGUCAACCGCCUUGUCUCGCACAACGCCGAGGACACUCGUGCUAGCCACAAGGAUCGUUCGGUCGAGAUCUAA